AGAACAACGCAGAACUCUCUCUGAUGGUAGCUGCCCUUCUGUCUUCCGCCUUCCAACCAGUGAACCAUUAUCUGCUCCGCUACCUUUCUUCUUCUUCUUCUUCUUCCAUCUUCUGCUGUUUUUCUCUUAACUCGGGCAGGGUAACGAAGUCUGGUCCAAGCUAAGAUGGCAUUUGCCGAUGAUUUUCGCUCUUAGAAGAUUCCGUCGUUUGAGAGGUUUAUGCACCAUGACAGAACAAGUACCAAAAGAUUCUAUUUCUCACGAAGACUUUCCAGUUUUACCACAAAUAACCACAAAAAACAGAUAUACAUCUUCACUCUCCAAAGUCCAGGCAACCCCAGAAAUCGAGAAGAAGUAUGUUCAUAGUGUUUACGACGCAAUCGCCCCCCAUUUUAGCUCCACCCGUUACGCCAAAUGGCCCAAAGUCCAAACUUUCUUGAACACUUUACCCACCGGAUCACUCGUUCUUGACGCAGGAUGCGGAAACGGGAAAUACUUAGGGCUGAACCCAAAUUGCUAUUUCAUCGGAUGCGAUAUUAGUGCUCCACUAAUUAAUAUAUGCGCAGAUAAAGGGCAAGAAGUUUUAGUUGCCGAUGCUGUAAAUCUCCCUUACCGAACUAGUUACAGCGAUGCCGCGAUUUCUAUUGCAGUGUUACAUCACCUAAGCACCGCAAGUCGGAGAAAAGAAGCGGUGGCGGAAUUAAUCCGUGUUGUGAAAAAAGGUGGACUUGUCUUGAUUACGGUUUGGGCUAGAGAGCAAGAAGAUAAAUCUUUGAUCACCAAGUGGACCCCACUUUCUUCAAAGUACUCGGAGGAGUGGAUAGGUUCGGGCAGCCCUAAAACUCGUCGGUCUUCGUUUUCUUUAGAGAGCAUUCAAGAAACUGAGGAGAAUGUUUCUGGUGAGGUGUUGAAAGAUUUCCCUUUUGCGGAUGAAAAAAUCACGCAAGAGUAUUUUGUGCCUUGGCAUUUGCCUUACCAUAGAGUCGAAGUGAGUGGAGCUUCUGCUAAUGCUGUGGAGGAUGGGUUAGCGAGGAAAGACGAUAAGAAGGGUGCGGUGGUGUACGAUAGAUAUUAUCAUGUUUUUAGUGAAGGUGAACUCGAAAGGUUGGUAAGUGGUGUGGAUGGUGCUGUAGUUGUUGACAAAUUUUACGACAAAUCGAACUGGUGUAUUAUCCUUGAGAAAACUUCGUCUUGAGAUUCUACGACAAAUUCAAUCCUCUGGUGUAUUUCUUACAACCUGGGAAAAUCGGUCAACAGGAGUUUACUUGGGAGAAAUAUCGAAGAUGAGAAUUGACUGCUGCUUCAGACAGCAACCUGGGAGGGGAGGAAGGUGUACAAGGUUUGUAAAAGGUGUUCUCGGAUUCUUCUUUUAUUUAUCUGUUGCUUUUGGGGUUGUUGGUGCAUAACAAUUAGUGGCCGUAUGAUAAAUACACGGUUGAAGCAAGAUGCUUCGUAUUGUUUUAGGCUUGAGAUUCGAUUGCUGGAUGUUGUAUUUGAAUUUUCUUUCCAACUUUAAAAUUGAAUUGUUCUUAUACUAUUACAUCGAGUGAAUUGUUUUAAAUUCUA